AAAUUAUGAAAAUGAAAAAGUAAAAUAAAAGUCAAAUAGAAGUUCCAGAAUUUCCUUCUUAAUUCCUUCUUCAUUCAUUCAUUCAUUCUUCUUCUUCUUCUUUGAGUUUUCUCUUUCAACAGCCACCAAAAAAUGGAGCGCAAGAAGACGAUGAAUUGGGAUGGACUUCGAGAUGAUGACGACGAUGAUCGAUUUUUCGAGUCCAUUGAGAGAAUGUCGUGCGCCAUGCCGGAGGAUUUGGCUUCCUCUUCCGACGACGAAGAUUUCGAAGACAGUCGCAUGUCCUUUGCCUCCGUCGUCUCCUCCGCCAAACACGACGAGUUCAGAACCUUCGCGACGUCUUCGCCGAUGACGCCGGAGUACGACAUUUGGAUGGCGGCACCAGGAUCCAUUAAGGAACGUCGCAAGCGAUUGCUCGAAGGAAUGGGCCUGAAUAGCGGCAAACAAUUUCAGAGGCUUCAGAGCAAGGAAUUUCAGCGGGAGGUUUCGAGGAAAUUACUCGAGAAUGCUCAAAUUUCUCAACCAGGAACCGUUGGAUCUCCAGAAGUUGUAGAUCAGAAACAAGAUGCAUCAUCACAAACGCCAUUGCCGAUUGUGCUCGUUCGUUCACGAUCUGAUGGAGAUAUUGAUACGUUCUCAAUUUCCAGGACACGGAAAGAUGAUCUACUCGGAAACGUUUCGAAACAGCGUCUUACAAGAACUUACUCGAUGAUAAUGGGGUCCAGUGCUCGGAUGUGCAGUUAUCCUGAAUCGAUUAGAGUUCCUAACGAAUGUAGCCAACCGAUUGGGCACGGUUCAGCAUUGUCGACGGUGUUCUCGAACAACAGGUUAGGGGCGUUUUUUCUGAUAAAGAAUCUGGACACAGGAAAGGAAUUCAUCGUGAAUGGAUACGAUCAAGACGGAAUGUGGAAUCGACUUAGCGAUAUUCAAACAGGGAAACAACUUACAAUGGAGGAAUUCGAGAAAUGCGUCGGAUAUUCACCGGUAGUGAAGGAAUUAAUGCGAAGAGAGAACGCGUCAAGAAUUAACGGAUUCUUCGGCGAUAGGAAACUCAACGUGAAUUCAUAUCUAUCGAAGAGUUUACGAAUGAGUAAAAGAAGAGGAGCAGCUCUGUUGAAGAACAUCAAAGGCUCAAUGACAGGUUUAAUCGGGGAAAAGGACAGGGAAAUUCCUCAAGCCCUAGAAACAAAACUUAGCAAGAACGCAUCGUCAUCCUGUCCUUCUCCGCCGCAUCCAUCAUCGUCAACAACAGCGGCGCCGACGUCGUCAGAGUGGGUAAAAGUGAGACAGAGCGGAAAAUCAUACAAAGAACUGUCGGCGCUACACUUCUGUCAGGAAAUUCAGGCGCAUGAGGGAUCAAUUUGGACAAUGAAAUUCAGUUGUGAUGCUAGAUUAUUAGCAAGUGCAGGUGAGGAUCGAGUAAUACAUAUAUGGGAAGUGCAAGAAUGUGAAGUAAUGUCAAUGAAACCAAAUGAAGAAGGAAGUAUGACGCCGCUUCAUCCUUCGAUCUGUCCUUCACCUGAUAGACCCGGCAUUGGAGAUGCUUCGGCUUUGCCAUCGGAAAAGAGGAAGAAAGGGAAAGGGAUUUCAGGAAGUAGGAAAGGGAAUGUGAUUCCUGAUUAUGUUCAUGUUCCAGAAUCUGUGUUCUCACUUUCUGAAAAACCGAUCUGCAGUUUGAAUGGACAUCUUGACGAUGUUCUUGAUCUCUCUUGGUCUUCUGAUUCUCAGAUGUUGCUUUCAUCUUCAACGGACAAAACUGUAAGGCUAUGGGACAUGGAAACCAAAAGCUGUUUAAAGAUGUUUGCUCACAACGAUUAUGUGACAUGCGUACAGUUCAACCCAAUGGAUGAUGAUUAUUUCAUAAGUGGAGCAUUAGAUGCAAAGGUGAGGAUAUGGAACAUUCCAGAUAGAUAUGUGGUUGAUUGGACUGACCUUCAUGAAAUGGUCACUGCCGCUACCUAUACACCCGAUGGCCAGGGUGCCAUAAUAGGUUCACAUAAAGGGACUUGCCGAAUGUACAGCAUAGAGGAUUCCAAGUUAGAACAGAAGCACCAGGUUGAUAUUCAGAGCAAAAAGAAGAAUCAUGGAAAAAAGAUCACUGGUUUCCAAUUCGUUCCUGGGAGCCCUACUGAAGUGCUGGUUACUUCUGCUGACUCUCGAAUUCGAAUCUUGGAAGGCGCCGAAAUUACUCAUAGAUUCAGAGGUUUCCGAAACACAAGCAGCCAAAUUACAGCUUCGUUCAGUCAAGAUGGGAAAUAUGUGAUAUGUGCAAGUGAAGAUUCUCAUGUUUUUGUAUGGAAGAGAGAGGAGCCACGGAAUCCUUCUGGAAAGAAAGGUUUGAUGGCAAUCAGAGGUCACGAACACUUCCCAUGUAAAGAUGUUUCUGUAGCAAUCCCCUGGCCUGGAAUGAUAAGCGGCGAACCGCCAUUGGUGCAAAUGAACUCGAAACGACAUUCAAAACGUGGCUCGUCGCAGCCAGCUUCAGCCAGCAGCUCACCAACUCGAGACGAAACCAACUCAAUAGCAAACAAUAAGAAGCAGUUGCCACCUCUACCAAAGAAAAAUAACAAUGCUGUGGAGAAUAACAACAAUAACAACAAUACCAACAAUAACAACAAUAAUAAUGGUGGUAGUACCUCAACAACUCCUCCAGAUGAAGAACAGCAGCAGCAAGCUCAAAUUACUCGCUCAGAAUCCAGAACUGGUGAAUCACUCAGUUCAUCACCUUCAGCUUCUAUCAGGCAUGGCGAUUCACCUUCUUUGUCUUCUUCUGCUGCUAUCAACAACAACCCAACAUCUUCCUCCUGGUCUUCCUCUUGGUCCUGGUUUGACGUCGGAAACAGCCACGGCCACCACGCCAUCCCAGCUACGGCAUGGGGAUUGGUCAUUGUGACUGCUGGGCUGGGAGGUGAAAUAAGGGCCUAUCAAAAUUUUGGACUGCCACGUAGGAUUGGACGACAGACUAAUUUCUGGCCAACUACAUAGUAUGUAUAAUGAUUGGUGACCAAACAAAUUUCCAUGGUGUUCUCCUUAGGAUUGGGAAUUUGCUUCUAGUUUUGCUAUAUCAUAGAACUCUUCUAGUGAAACUCAGUACAAGGAUAGAGUUCUCAACACAUAUAGGCUAAAAUGCAAGCUGCCGGGAGGUUUGUUUCAAAGGCUAAAGCUGCUGCUUUUGUAGAUUAUUACAUACAUCAAAGAUGAACUUCAGAAAGUAAAGUAAAAGUACCACAUACUUGCCAACAGAUUUUGGUAUUCAACAUUAUUACAUUACUUUUUUGUAUAUAUACUAGAAUGCUGGUAACUAUUGAAGAAUUCAAGCAAUUCUUGAAAUAUCCUAGGCAGGUUAACAAGUUUUAAUCACAGAGGCAGCCAUUAAGCCAUCUGGUGUUCUGCUUUUCUUUUUAGUACAAUCAGGGAAGGAAAUAAAAUAAAAUCGUUGUCUCCUGAAAUUA